CGUCGGGGUGUUCGCCUGAUGUCAUUUGGGCAGAAAGGGAGGCUGAGCUAACGGUGGUCACACGGUGGGAAGCACAACAAUAACGUUACCACUUCACGGUCCACACCGGGACCUGUGACGUCUCUGUGGGAUUUAAAUACGUAGCCUCAAAUACCCCCCCCCCCCCGCCGGGGUCCAAAGAAGAAGACGAGGGGGGACGAGGCGAAGCUAACGGACCUAAAGUACCAGAUGCUAUUCCAGCGGAGAAGGAGAACGGGCUCCAGCAAGCAAGAGCGGGUGAUGGGUUCUCGCUCCCCGGACGGCUAACGCGAGACGUCUCAUCUAGAAACACGGACACCGCCGCAAGUGAAGAGGGAACCCGCUGCGGCUUCCUCUCCGACCUCCGUGUGCGUGACGUUGCCGUCGGAAAUGCUAGCGCAGCCUCUGGGCCGCAGCUCGGCGCCGCGAACGCCCGAAUCCGGGAGCUGAGCGCAGCUAGCUGCCCGCUAGCCGCGUCUGUCGCCCGAUGCUGCUCCCGCUGCCGCUGCUGAACGGAUCCGAAGGGCGACACCAGCGGGGUUCAGGGCCCGGGUGCUGAUCGAGCCAUCGAUUCAUCCUUCCUGGACCGCAGCGACGCGUUUGAGAUGUGACGCUUGUGCGCGUCGUAUUUGUCGUAUUUUAUUUUACGUUUAUUUUUUUAUUUUUUUUGUAGCCGGAGGCUCGCGCUGGCUUGACUGAAAAGGAGCUAACGUUGCUGCAGGAUGCCCAGCAGAACCACAACAGCGGGCUGUUGCUGUUGAAGGGGGCGAGGUUAGACUGAUAGCAGCACCCCCCCCCCACACACACACACACACACUCACACCCCUGCGUCUUUCCACGCUCGGGGGAUCCCGUUUGGACACUACGACACUUCCCCACGUCGGUCAGCGCUUCCUCGGCCGGCGGCAUGGAUAAACUGACGAUCAUUUCAGGGUGCCUGUUUCUGGCUGCAGAUAUCUUUGCCAUAGCCAGCAUUGCAAACCCAGACUGGAUCAACACUGGCGAAUCAGCAGGUGCCCUCACAGUCGGACUGGUUCGGCAGUGUCAGACCAUCCACGGACGGGACCGGACCUGCAUUCCACCUCGGCUGCCCCCAGAGUGGGUCACCACGCUCUUCUUCAUCAUCAUGGGCAUCAUCUCCCUCACCGUCACCUGUGGACUACUCGUGGCGUCGCACUGGCGCCGAGAAGCCACCAAAUACGCCCGCUGGAUCGCCUUCACCGGCAUGAUCCUGUUCUGCAUGGCGGCGCUCAUCUUCCCCAUAGGCUUCUAUAUCAACGAGGUGGGAGGGCAGCCGUACAAGCUGCCCAACAACACGGUGGUCGGCUCCUCGUACGUGCUCUUCGUGCUCUCCAUCUUCUUCACCAUAGUGGGACUUCUGUUCGCGGGCAAAGUCUGCCUCCCGGGCUGAAGGACUCGACCGCGCCCGCCUCCGGACUGACGCCAGAGGCCCUGGAAAUGUUUGAGGAUUUACAACAACAACAACAAAAACACUUGACAAUGUCUGAAAAUCCAACACAACAAACUUAACGGGAGGAAGUCUUUGAUUUUGUGUCAGGGGACGAUAAAAGUAAAUAAACAAAACACUAAAAGAGAGACUGCGGGGAGGAUGGAGGCGAGGCUGUCGCAGCAUCCUUCCAGUGUCGCUGUCCAAAUAUGGCCGCCUCCGUUGUUUCGGAAACGGGUGCUUUAACGUGCUGCUGCCAUGGCAACUGCGGCCACAAUGCCGGCGCACGUUGCUUGAGGACCUCUUUUAAAGCUGGUACCCGGCCGCGCCGCCCUCAGCACCCAUCAGCGCCGUCACCACUGCUCUCGUUGCUAUUUUUGGCUUCUAUCAGCAAUUUCAGUUGUGUGUGUGUGUGUGUGUUUUGUUCUACUUCUUUUUGUUGUUGUACAUUUUGUGUUCUUUUUAUUUUUGGUUUCGGCUCCUUCCUAGCGCCCGCUGCCUUUUUCGCUGAAGUAGACUGAGUGUGACGGCGGGUCACUGAACUGAACCGUCGAGGGUACCUGGGUGUCUUUAGAGAAGGAUUUCCUCCGGCCGGUCACCCCUGUCUCCCCCAGCUGUGUGGCUUGGGUGAGCAGCUACGAGCACAGCUGUCUCGGGCCUGCUCGCGUGGCGCUGUGGACGAGAGGACGGUGCGGGUGUGACGCCUCUUGGUGUCCGUCCAGCUGCAGCUAAGCAACAGGCAGCAGAACCGGAGGCUGGGUACCAGAAAGGAGAAUGCCACUCAAUGCAAGACCUCGCAUAUGUCCUUUCUAUGGAUACCAGCCGACUUCUCGUGAGUAUUAUUUUGCUAAGCUAGACGCGUAACGCUGACGCACAUCUUUUGCCAAGAAGCUAGAAGACUGAAUUUAUUAACAAUGAUCUGAACACAAACACACUUCAUUUGUGGUAUUAAUCCUGCUACGUACAGCCACAAACCCAGUGGCUCUUCAGAGGUGUUACGUGUCCGAGGGGUCGAGAUAAAUCCGUAGCAGCGAUUCUAGCCGACAGUAUUGAGAUUUUAUAAAUGGAAACUUAAGUUACAUAAAGGUAAUGCUCAAAAUUGGCGGUAUUCUCUUUUUAAUGUUGAAGCAGGAGCUUUUUCUUUGUUUUAGUUUUAGUGCAACAGUGGCGGCGGAGGGACUGCGGGUCAGGUCCGUGCACGGGGCUGAGCCUCAGUGUGCUGCGCUUGAAGCCUGUUAAUGAAGAACACACACACACACACUUAAAGCCACCACACCGUCCGUCUUCACCGUGUAGAUAUGUACCACGUAUUGGGGCUGCAACCAGCAAUUAUUUUCCUUUUCAAGCUUUUAACUUAACUGCAUUAAAGUGAAGAUCAGGGUGACCCUCCAAAGUAAAGCGCGUCACGUUUCUCGUAUGCCGCACUUCAGUCCGCGGCAUCCAGAUGGUGUCCAAGUUUACUGCUGGUUUGGGGCUCAUGCUAAGCUUUUUAACUACUAGUCACAUGAUUUGAGGCUUUAAAGGGGUAAACAGCACGUAUAACGUUGCCACGGAGACAGCGGGUUAUGCUUUGUAACACAGUUUUUUCUUCUUUUUUUUUCCUAAUUAACCGUGUGACAAAUUGGCACCCAUAGUCAUGUCAAGUUAGUUAUUAUUUGAUUUCUUUAUAAUGUACCCGUGCAUACACAGAAAAACAUUACUUAAAAAAAUUAUUUGAACAUCUGUGGUGUCUUAAAAACCUAUAAAAGUCUAGACAAAGCGCAACAUUCUGUACGCGUUCACCUCACUUUUCAAAUAAUUAUUCCAAAUACUAUCUGCAAAUCUCUUCCAUUGCUAAAACUAGUUUAUUCUACAGUUGAUCUUAACGGUCAUCGCUGAUCUCAAUUAUCACAAGACCAGUUGCUGCACAACCCGUUAUCAGAACAGAUGCACAUUCUUUCCGUUUUGAUGUGCAAAACCCCCUCCCACCUAAACCUGUUUUUUACACGUUUAAAUUCAUAGCAAAGUUAAGAGAAAAAUACCUACUGGAACUCAGAUCGAUCGCCCCUGCGUGUGUGCGUCCGUGUGUGUGUGUGUGUGUGUGUGUGUCGGAUCAAUGGCGGAGCUCUGUUGCCAAAUCUUAAAAGUAGUGUUGUUUUUUUGUUGUUUUUUUCUGUUUCCUGCUCAGCUUUUCUUCCUCUUGGUCCGAUGGAUACCGCUGACUCAACGCUCUGCGGUGCACUCCCUCUGUUGGUUGGCUCAGUAUUGUGCCAUGACCUGUUUUUGUUUAAUAAUGUACAGACCCACACACACACACACACACACACAAGAGGCAGGCUGUAUUAGGAAGCACUGUGCAUUCAGCAGUAGAGGUAACACAAAUGGAAGCACCACAAAUGUAUAAAAAAGAACUUCUUACCUCAUGGUUUUUGUUUCUGCUAUUAUUUUCUAAUGUUGGCAAUGUGUGCCCUCUAAUUUGUCUCUUGCCUCGAUCGGAUGUCUUCACAUAAAGCCUAUGAUCAUAGGAAAUUAUUUAUCACUGAAUAAAAAUAGAAAAAAAAUGUG